AUGGCGACAGCUGCGGAACUCGGCACCGGCGGUGUAGACGCUGCUGGAAAGCCCAUUUUUGUGGCGACUGAGCACACUCGCUAUGCCCCUAGCACUGAGCGUGAGCUUUCCGACCAGGAGCAGCUAGCGUGGAAGUCGUUUCAGCUCUGGCGCACAUCGCUUUCCAUCGAGCGUCGUAACCACGUGUACCAGACCAUCACGAAUGGCGACUACACCAACUUCAACCUCACACGCCACAUCAUGGGCACACCGUUUCCGGUUAUCGACAACACUCCUUCUAUCAUUAACACGGCCGCCGGCGUGCGCAUGUAUGAGCACGCCAUCGCUGCUCUUCUAGGGUUCAGCUACAGCAUGUGGGUGCGCUCCAAGGCGUCUCUGCGCCACUCCCACCUGCACCCAUCGACCCGCUUCGUCGUUUCCUUUGGCACGUUCAUCUUCGCUGACUUGUGCUUCUGCUACCGUAGCAUGUUCCGCCUCUCCGGCUUCCUGCCGAACGACUAUGAGUGUCGCAAGUUCGGCGUGAUGGAGUCGAAGGAGCGACUGGAGCACAAGAAGGAGCUGUGGGCCAAGUACACCGCGUAUAAGCGGGAGUGGUGUCGCCGCUUUGACUACCACGUCUACGGCAUCCGCCCCGGCGAGACGUUCAGCCUCUUCUCUGCCUGCUGGUUCCCGGCGUGGUCUACGCCGUACGGUACCAUCACCGACUACCCAUUGCGCAAGAAUCCGUACUUCCUUAGCGCCACCCCGUUGCGGCAAAUGUACGGGGAAUAUGCAUUUUCGAUGGAGUUGCCCAAAUCCGAGUACUCGCCGCUGUCGCAGGCAAGACCAGAGGUUCGCUACACAUUCCGUGGACCACUCGUUGCCUCGGAGAGGAAUAAGUCCUCCGGCUCGUAA